GUGCGUGUGUGUGUGUCUUCUUUGGAUUUCUAGUUUCCCCUUGUAGAUAGAAAUACAGAGGACCAGUGUAUGAGCGAGAAGUUGACUGAACAGCGCACACGCUGUCGCUCUUCACAGCGGAUUCCAGAGGCACGGCUUCACGGAGUAAAAGCCUGCUUGUUCUGUCUGGCUUACAGGGGGAACUCGUCUGCUAUGAGGUGGAUGCAAAGUAAAGUGUGAUUUUUUUUUUUAAAUUUACAAACAUUUCUCUACCUGCAGCGCGGGAGGAAGAGAGUGGGAAUCACGGAGCGCCGCACUCUCACUUUCCGGCGGAUUGCAACGGCUCCCACAUUCGAAAUAACGGAUUUCUACAGCUCCCUGCAUUUUCAAUAGGAUUUACAACAUAGGUGUGCGAUGUUCAGACCACAGGUCGUCUUUUGCACACUGUCGGUGCUGCUGUCCCUUUCAUUCGGUGGAGAUGUUAAAUCGCGGAGCUGCAAUGAUGUUCGGCAAGCCUACACCGCCAAAGGCUUUAGUAUCACCAGUGUCCCUCACCAGGAGAUAUCAGGCGAACAUCUGCGUGUGUGUUCUCAAGGUUACACCUGCUGCACUUCAGAGAUGGAGGAUAAACUUAGUCAGCAAAGCAAAAUGGAGUUUGAGAACCUGGUGGAGGAGACGAGCCAAAACCUGCGAACCACAUUCAUCUCUCGGCAUAAAAAGUUUGACGAGUUCUUCCUGGAGUUGCUGGAUAACUCCCAGAGGUCCCUGAACGACAUGUUCGUGCGGACGUACGGCAAGCUGUACAUGCAGAACUCUGAGGUCUUCCAGGACCUGUUCACCGAGCUCAAGCGCUACUACACGGGAGGCAACGUUAACCUGCAGGAGAUGCUCAACGACUUCUGGUCUCGGCUGCUGGAGCGCAUGUUCCAGCUGCUCAACUCGCAGUACCAUUUCACAGACGACUACCUGGAGUGCAUCAGCAAGUACACAGACCAGCUCAAGCCCUUCGGCGACGUGCCGCGUAAGCUCAAGGCCCAGGUCACCAGGGCCUUCAUUGCCGCCAGGACCUUCGUCCAGGGACUCAUGGUCGGCCGAGAGGUGGCAAACCGAGUGGCAAAGGUCAACGUGUCGCCCGGUUGUUCCAAGGCCCUCACUCGGAUGCUGUAUUGCCCAUAUUGUGGAGGACUGCCUGACUUAAAGCCCUGCGCCAACUACUGCCAAAAUGUUCUGAAGGGUUGCUUGGCGAAUCAGGCAGACUUGGAUCCUGAAUGGAACUUAUUCAUUGAUGCAAUGUUGUUGGUGGCAGACAGACUGGAAGGACCGUUUAACAUCGAGGCGGUCAUGGAGCCCAUAGACGUGAAGAUCUCAGAGGCCAUCAUGACCAUGCAGGACAACACCAUGCAGGUCUCAGCAAAGGUUUUCCAGGGAUGUGGGCACCCGCACCCUAAGCCAGCUGGUUCGGGUCGGUCUGCCCGAGGAAUCACAGACACUUUCAAUGCCCGCUUUCGACCCUACAGCCCAGAGGAGCGACCCACGACUGCUGCUGGCACUAGCCUGGACCGCCUGAGGAUUGUCUGGAGGACAAUGCAACAGAGCGUGGUCGACAUCAAGCAGAAGCUGUUGGAGGCCAAGAAGUUUUGGUCCAGCCUGCCCACCGGCAUCUGCUCAGACGAACGGGUCGUAAGCACAGACUCCGAGCAGUGCUGGAACAGUCACACCAAGGGCAGGUAUUUCCCUGAGGUGGUGAAAGACGGUUUGACGAAUCAGCAGCACAAUCCUGAGGUGGAGGUGGACAUCACGCAGCCCGACACCUUCAUCCGUCAGCAAAUCAUGACGCUGCGCAUGAUGACCACCAAGCUACGCAACGCCUACAACGGCAACGACAUCUACUUCCAAGACUCCAGUGACGAGGGCAGCGGUUCGGGCAGCGGCAGCGGCUGUACGGAAGGCUGCACCACCACGACGGAGUUUGACUUUGUGGCCACGGAUGCCCCCGUGGUCAGCGCCGACCGGAGCGACGGACAGGCGGCCUCCGGCUCCUCCUCCUCCUCCUCCUCGGCCCCGCCCUCCACGACCUCCGCAUCCUGGGCGAGCACCUCGGCCGCCCUCCUCACGUCGCUGGCCCUGCAGCUGGUACUGCAUUGGCAGUGGAGAUAAUGAUAGUGCGAUGGGUGUAGAAGACAGAGAGAGAGAGAUAUAUAUAAAUAUAUAUAUAUAUAGACAGAGAGAGAGAGAGAAUGAGACGAGAGAGAUAUACAGAAAUCGGGAGGAUCGCAAUCAGCAGACUCUCUUGGGAACUAAAGCCGGACAAGUGCAGUACGGACGUGGACAUUCACGCUGUCGGCUCACACACCGGACAAUUUUACUAAUAAAACUAUGGAAGGAAGGAAAAAAGGAAGGUUGUGGAAGGUGACAGGAAGAAAGAAACUGUGUGUGUGUACGAGUGUGUGUGUGUCCGAGUGUGUGUGUGUGUGUGUGAGAGAGAGAGCAAAGUGCAAGCGGAGAGAGAAAGAAGAGAGUGGAGGAGAAUGAGAGAAUAUGCGUGAGUGAGCGUGUGGAAUGUUAAGUGAAAGUUAUAUGAGAAAACCCCCGGGUGGCAAGGAGAGAGGAGAGGAGAGGAGAGGAAGGAACGAAAGGCGCACAGCUCUGCAUCUUGCUUGUUCCAAAGAAUGCCCAAUGCCGCCACCUCCACCACAAAAACAGCGUUCGAUGUGGCCAAUGUCAACUCCCCUUCUCAUUCCCAUUACUGAGACGAAGGACGCUCGGAUGGAGAGCACAAGAAAACGAGAGCAAAGAAGAUUUAAAGGACAAAAAGAUUUGAAAUAUGAAAAGAAAUUAUAUUUUUUGUUUUGUUUUGUUUUAUACUGACUAAAUGGAACCUUUAAAAUGAUUUUAAAAAAAGUCAACCCCAUUUUUUUUUCUUUCUCUUUUGCUCCUAUCGGUCCCCCUUAUGACGAAUGUGAUGUGUUGAUUAUUCGCGUUGCAUCGUGGUAGUGGGAAUUACCUGUCCUUUGAGCGUUUUACUUCUGCAUAAGCACACAGAUGGUGUGACGACCUUGCUGCAAACGAGCUUAAGUUUUAGAGAGUCGAAAGCUGUACACAGUUUUGCACACAUUUGAAAAUCAACAUUACAUGAAAGUCUUAGUGUAUUAAAAAGAAGAACGUUUUGCACAGAUUUGGUUAGCUUCAAUCUUUUAAUUGAUAUUCUCUUUGUGUGUGUGUGUGUGUUUUUUUUCUUACAAAGACAAAGUUAAAAUUAUUUAUAUUUUCCAAAAUAGCUAUAUUAUAGCCUGUAUCAACAUUGGAUCUAAAUUGACAUGGUAUGGAAAAGCUUGCUAUGCUUAUCAUAAUAGUCUGUUUACCAUGCAGACAUUAAUUUAUUUUCAGUUUUUGCUUUGAGAGCAUUGAUAUUACUGAUGAAGCCACUUAGGCUCACACCAACAACUACCGUAUAUCGACAUAAUUAUAAAAUCACACUCUCCUCAGUACAGUAAAUGAUAUGAUUUCCAUUGCAACGAAGAUGACAAACACAGACUUUUUCACAGAUUUUCAGAGCGGUUUUGAGAAACUUGAAUGAAAAUGUUCUUCAUUGUGAGUAUUCAUAUUGACAAAGUUUCAGCCACCGCCAUCAUAACAGCCCUUGGUGUGAUCGAUCUUAAGUGACUAGUAGUACGUAUGGUUUAUGUGGGUAUUCAUUAAGCCAGAAAACAAAA